AUGACGGUGGUGUCCGGCAGAGAAGGCUCCAGGAGCGGCCUUGUGCCUUGGCUGCUGUCGGUGCUGUGUUCUGCGGCGGUGAUGGCCCUGCUGGGGUGUGUAUGCGCUCUCCUGUACCCCGUGCUCAAAGAGCUGCGUGAGUUGACAGUGAGAGGAGAAGAUGGGGCCGAACAGAAGAUGCUGGGUUUGUGGAGCGUCUUGGUCAUAUCUGUGGGCGUGGCCUCUCUUUGCUCCGCCUCUUCCUGGGUCCUGACUCACCUGGACUCCGCCCACAGCAGCACACAGGACAGAGACGAGGCCGGACUGGGACGCGGGAUGGCGGCGCUGAACGGCGUGAUGGCGAUGGCGACGGUCGUUUGGAGUCUCAGCUGA